UUCCGCGACGAAGUGGGCACUCAAAGACUCAUCCAUUGCGAUAAAGUCAAAACUCUGACCCAUCGCUGGAGAUAUCCAUCCCUUUCAUUACACGGAAUUGAAGGCGCGUUUGCCGGCGCCGGCGCUAAGACUGUAAUCCCGCGUAAAGUUGUGGGAAAGUUCUCCAUAAGACUGGUACCCAAUCAGGACCCGGAAAAAGUUGGCAAACAAGUGAUCGAUUACUUGAACAGUGAGUUCAAAAAGAUGGACAGUCCUAACAAACUGAAGGUUGUUAUGCCUAAUGCCGGCAAACCGUGGGUUUCCGAUCCAAGUGACCCCAACUUUAGCGCCGCCCGCAAAGCCAUGAAAACAGUGUUCGGAGUGGAGCCGGACCUGACCCGUGAGGGCGGAUCCAUACCCGUGACGCUGACCUUCCAGGAGGCGACCGGUAAGAAUGUGCUGCUGUUGCCGAUGGGUGCGGCCGACGACGGCGCCCACUCCCAGAACGAGAAGAUCAACAAAAGGAAUUACAUCGAAGGCACCAAAGUCUUCGCCGCCUAUGUCUACGAAUUGGCGAAUUUGAGCUAAACUUGGGAUCCAUUCGCGCAGUCUUUCAAGUCUUUCAAAGUGUUAAGAAGUUAUACAAUAAUCAAGAAAAUAACUUAUAUUUAAGAAUAGGAUAUUUUAUUAUAACAUAUACCGAUGGUUUUUAUUACAUUUACUUUAUAUAAGAAUUAAAUUUUAAAUUACUCGUUAAUAUUGAGCACAGGUUCUUAGAAUCGAUGUCUAUUUGAUGGUAAUUUGACACCAAAGUGCUCAAUGGGUGGCCCUUUACCUCAC